UCUGAAAAACUUUCUGUUGAUAGUAGCAGUUUUAACCUUCAGAAUUUUUUCCAUACACGAAAACUAAUUGUUUGUUAAUUAAUUAAAUUUCUUCAUCAAGAUUUUGGUUAAAACCCUUAAACAUAUAUUAAGAUCUACUAUAUUUCAACCAUUGUUUCAAUGCUCACGAUUAUUAAUUAAUCAUUAUUGCAGUAUGUUAAACUGAUGCGUUAAUUGCAUUGUUGAAUUUUGAACCAAAAUGAGAUUUAACGAUAAAGAGCUCGCAGAAACAAGUUUUGGCCCUGCAGAUUUUGAAGGACGUCUAAAUCAUAAACAGGCCCAUAAAUCAGUAUUCAAAGAAAAAUGGUUUAAGUUGAGAUACAAUUUAUUAUUUUAUUUCAAUAUCAAUGAAUUAGGACAUAUUGAUAGAAGACAACCUGCUGGUGUCAUUAUUUUGGAGAAUUAUAGCAUUAACUUAGAUACAUCAUCUGAAGGAGCAUUUGCAUUUAGUAUCUCGUUCCAUGAUGAUCAUGAGAAACGGCAUGUACUAAGUGGACGGUCAGAGUCUCAUGUAGAACAGUGGAUUAAUGCACUUAAACAAGCAAGUUAUGGAUAUUGGAGAUCUCAAUUAAUUACACUUCAAGAAAGAUUAUGCAAAAAAACUGGCAAAGAUCCAUUACUUAUGUAUCCUAGAAAUCAAGGCGUUGUACGAGAUGAAGCUUGGGAACCUGCUUCUAGUUUUAGAUCUCAUGUACGUUCAUUUACAACAUCUGUUGUGGCAUCUCCUAUAUUAAAUACAAUAACAAGGGAAGUUAAUCUUAUAGAACUAUAGUACAGAAAAAUAAUAUGAGUCAAAAUAAUGUUAAAAGUUAUAGAAUAGAAAAAUAUCUUUUUUAAACUUGUAUUUUAGAAAAAUAUGCAUAAUAUAAUGCAUACAAUAGAACUUUAUAUUUCAUAUGGAUCUGUAUGCUACUUAAACAAAUUUCAGAAUAUAAUUCUAAUAUAAUCAUGUACACCACACAUAUACAUACAUGCGCACGUGCGCAUAUGUACCCGCAAUAUGUUAAAUAGAAAAUAAGUUUUGGAGUUCUCUUAUAUGAAUUCUCUGUUCAAUAGAAAAUUUAUAUUUAACAUCCCUUAUAAAAAGUAAAUAUAUUUAGUCUUAUACAAGAAAGUAUAAUGCUAGGAAAGGUAUAAUAAGAACAAUUAUUUUAUAAGUUGUUGAUUGCUGUAAAUAUGAUAAAAUAUAUAUAGUCAUAAAAAAUUCGCAUAUAAUGUACAACGAUAUAGAUAAUGUUUUAUUAGCUGCAACAAUAUUGUAAGGUUCAUUUAAUAUGCGUGUGUGUGAGGAGGGAAACGCGAGUAAAUGUAUUAUAUAUAUAUUUAAUAAUUUGUUUUUUCCUUCUUCAACUAAGUGCUCCUGUUGUUGAGUAGAGGAUAAUAUGUUACAUACAAUUGUUACACAGAUCGACAUAAUAGCUUUAAUAUUUAAUAUAAUUAUGUUACUAGUGUUUUUCAACUAUAGAAAUUUUUUUUAACUUCCCUUUAAUGUAAACUUAUCGUUGUAAUGUAAUAUUUCAACACAUUCUCGCUCUUAUUUGAAUAAUCAAUAAAUAAUACGUUGGUAAUAUAUGUGAUUAAAAAAUCAAUAAUCUAAUGACAUGACAUGUUAAAGGUAUUAUAUUAGUCUGUGUAUCAUAACAUAAGAAAUAUAUAAUGAUUUAUUUACCAUAUAUUCUUUCCUACCUCUGUACAAAUUUGAUAAAGUAUUCGUAUACCAAAUACUCAAUUUUAUUUAUAUGCAACAAAUUCAUCUGAUAACAUUA